AUGUGUUUCACAACAACGGACGACGGCCAGGAAAUCUACUUCCGAACUCAAGGAGAUACAGGUACCAUCCUUGUAUUCGUAUCCGGCUACUUCGGUGUCGAUAAUAUCUGGCAACCCUUGAUCGCGAAUCUGUCCUCGCAGUACCGUUGCAUCUCCUACGACAACCGAGGUUACGGACGCUCUUCGAAACCUACGUCGCCCGAAAGCUAUUCCGUCCCCCGUCAUGCCGCUGACCUCCACGCGGUGCUGAAAGCCUGUAACGUCGCCGAUCGUGUGGUACUCGUAACCCAUUCUAUGGGCUGCAACAUCGCCGCAGAUUUCAGUCUCGCUCAUCCGGAUCUUGUCGCUGGUAUCGUCUACUCGGCCGGUUACUAUGAUGGUGAGCAUAUUCAGAAAUUUUUAUCUCUGGAGCUACUCAGCUCCGGCGUGGAGACUCCAAGCCAAUGCGUCGCCUUUUACACCAGCAUCGGGCUAGACGAAGCCACGGCCUUGGAAGCGGCGAAAUGGCCCGCUCAUGGUCGUCGGAAUAACGCCAAGGCCCUCAUGAGCUUUACAAUGGACAGCGAUCGGUAUUCCAGGAUCAAGGUUCCUGCGCUGGCGUUGGUGGGAGAGAAGGAUGUGGCCACUCCAGAGGAAUUGGUGACUCCGAUUACGGAGCAGAUGCCAUUUUGCAGACUGGAAGUGCUCCGGGGCGUUCAUCAUUUUCCACCGACCGAGGCCCCUGGCGAAGUGGAACGUUUGGUGCGAGAGUUCUUGGGAAAGCUGUCCCUAUGA